GGUUUUUUCCAGUCCUAUGCAGUGGAAGUAGAUGUAAAGGAUGAUUCUAAUGCUACGUGCCUGUAUGCAAAAUGGAUGAUGAGAUUCUUGAUAAAAUAUGAAACAAACAGUAGUGAGUAUAAAAAUGCAACCUUGGACUUGUCAUCCAGUGUGACACACAAUGGAAGCGUCUGUGGCAGUGACUCCCAAGCUGCGCUUCUGGCGGUACAGUUCGGAGAAGGUCAUUCCUGGAGCAUUAACUUUACAAAAACUGAUGAAACUUACCAGGGGGACUUUAUCACAUUUACGUACAACACCGAUGAUGCUGCUGUAUUUCCGGAUGCUAAAAGAAAAGGACCAAUUACUGUUGUUGUAAAGGAUACUAUGCGUCCAGUCCAACUGAAUAACAUCUUCGUGUGUCAUAAUACUGACUUUCUUGAAGCAGAAAAUGUAACACAGAUUUUCUGGAAUGUCACUGUGCAGGCUUUUGUUCAGAAUGGUACGAUCGGUACAAAAGAGUCUAGGUGUCGUGCUGAUACACCUACUGCUGCACCCACUGUUCUGCCUACUGUUGCCAAUGUAACUACUGCAUCUACCACCACUGUAUCACCUGCUCCAACCACGGCUCCCAAACCUGUGGAGAAUCCAGACACAGGAAACUAUUCUCUUAAAAGCGGAAAUAAAACUUGUCUUCUGGCUACUGUGGGGCUGCAGCUGAAUGUUUCCCAAGACAAGCCUCUUCUGAUCAACAUCAAUCCCAGGACCACCAGUGCAGAUGGUACAUGUGGUAACACAACGGCUACUCUGAAACUGAACGAUGGAAAUAGCACAUUGAUAGGUUUCACGUUUGUUGUUAAAAAUUCAAGUGCAAGUGUACAGAAAUUUUAUCUGAAAGAAGUGAAUGUUACACUGCUCAACCGGCUGAAUGGUUCGGUCAUUUCAAGUGCAGAUAACAACAAUUUCAGCAAGUGGGAUGCUUUCCUUGGUAGUUCUUAUAUGUGCCGAAAAGAGCAAACCCUUGAGAUCAACGAAGCUUUUCAAAUACAUACUUUCAAUCUAUGGAUUCAGCCAUUCCUUGUGGAGGCCAAUAAAUUCUCUACGGCCCAGGAGUGUUCGCUGGAUGAUGACAACAUUCUAAUCCCAAUUGUAGUUGGUGCUGCACUUGCUGGCUUGAUUGCCAUUAUAGUGGUUGCUUACAUAAUUGGCAGAAGAAAAAGCUAUGCUGGAUAUCAAACUUUGUGAAUCUAAAUGGGAUUCCUGUUCUGAUUUUCACGCUAAACAAAGCAAGUGCAAGUUCUGAAGUCCAAAAAAAGACCCAAAACUUAGGAGUAAUUACUAGCCACAGCUAAUUGGAGUUGGGAAACAAAGAGAGGAUGUUUAUCUCGGAUGAAGCAGAACUACGGUUUUAGUUUUCCUGCUCUGAGAAGACGCCGUGGGUUUCAUAGCUGUUUUGAAGAUGUCAAAUAUUGGAUGAAUUGCUAGGCUGAGGAUUUUAUCUUGAAAAAAUCCCUGAAGUGUUUAGGAUUUAUUUCUGCUUUUUACAAAUUGUAGCCUGAAACAAGAACGCAUUCUAAACUGGUAUGCAUUGGGCAACUCCCCGAAUAGCAUAGAAUUUGUACUUGCUUCUCUCCUCUGUGUUCCUUAGUUGU